AUGAACCCAGAUUGGCCACAAGGCUCCCCCAGCCUCAGUCAAAAUGCAGAGCUGAGAGCCCAGCUGAAGGAGCUCACGUCGGAGGCCACCACUGAUCAAGCAACAAGAGGAGCGACGUCUCUUCUCUUCCGAUUCGAAGAAUCCCAAGUCCCAGAGUUGAAGAAGGCACUGGAAGCUCCUGUCUGCGAGUUUGCAAUCAUAAACCUCACGCCGAACCACCCACCCAGAACAGCAGACUCUCCCUUCACCAAGUCCAUGCACAAGACGUACACGGAUUGCUACCACUAUCCGGGCUUCACGGGCGGGAACUGGUCGUACGCGGUGAACACGAAUGACACGAGCGGCGUGGCUCUGGCUCUCGACUACGGUGUUGACGGUGCAGGCGGUGCUGCUGCUCCGACUGACAAAGGGGAUCAUCAAUGGAAUGGAAAAGAAGAAGAAGAAGAAGAAGUUCCAGAACCCGAGCGGCGACUCGCGUGCUAUUACUUGGGAUGGGAUACGAUUGAGCACCAUCAAGAAUUUUCCAACACCCCCCUGUUCUUCGAAGAGAUCAAUAAACUUGCCCCAUACUUCGGUCCCGGGACAGGAGCAUGGUAUGUCAUGUUUGAGAGACACACCGAUUCUCUGGAGUCGGGACCACGAUAG